UUAUUGGAAUUGAUGGGUGCUUUAUGAAAUCUACUUCAAAAGGACAACUCCUUGCAGCUGUGGGAAGAGAUGCAAACAACCAAUUAUAUCCUGUUGCGUGGGGCAUUGUUCAAGUUGAGGACGCCGACAAUUGGAAGUGGUUCAUUGAAAGGGUGAAGUAUGAUUUAAACCUCCAAAAUGGUCUAGGGUUCACACUUAUCUCUGACAAACAAAAGGGGCUUAUAAAAGCUGUUGAAGAAGAGCUUCCUUACAUAGAGCAUCGUAUGUGUGCUAGACACGUAUACGGAAACGUUAAGAAGCUACAUCCCAACAAGCCUAAGUUUAAAAAACUGUUUUGGGCAGUGGCAAAUAGCUUCAACGAAGGUGAUUAUAAAGCGGCACUUAAAGAGCUUAAAGCAUUCGACUCUCAGAUAUAUGAUGACUUGAUGGCGAGAGAUCCUAGAACCUGCACUCGGGCAUUCUUCAGCACCAUUUCUACUUGCGAAGAUGGACUCAACAAUUUCUCAGAGUCAUACAAUAGCGGUCUGAAGAAAGCUCGUUCUCUGCCUUUAGUGGAAAUGCUUGAGACCAUGAGAAGACAAACAAUGGUUAGAAUUGAGGUGAGGAAGAAGAAAUUGUUGAAGUAUAGGAAGAAGUAUAGCGAAAAGGUUGCAAAGACCAUCAUUGAAGAGGGGGAACAACGGAAAUGGUGUAAGAAAAGGACACCUGGUCCGAAUGGUGUCUCAGAAGUAGAAGAGAAUAACGUUUCUCACACUGUCAAUAUGGACAGGCGAGCAUGUAGCUGCAGAAGAUGGGACCUAACCGGAAUUCCUUGUCGUCAUGCUUUGAAGGUGAUUUUAGAUAAAAAGCUUAAUGCCGAAGAUUUUGUGGCGGAUUGUUACUUGACGACUUUGUGGAAGCAGCAAUAUAGUGAUUCAAUCACUCCGGUGGAAGGAAUGAAGUUUUGGAAGGAAACUCCUGGUUCUCAGAUUGAGCCACCGCCAAGACCUGCUGAGAAAGGACGGAAGAAGAAUCCAAAGAAGAGGAUGAAGUCGAUUCAUGAGUCGCCUACUAAAGGCAAGAAAGUGUCUAGACACUUGAAGGUGAUUCAUUGUUAUCGAUGUGGUAUGGCUGGGCAUAACUCUCUACAUUGUAAACAUGCUGGAGUCCCUAACAAACCAAGAAAGAUUUAUCCAAGGAAGAAGAAACAGUCCUCACAAGGAGAGUCAAUGUCAUUCGAUCAACGUGAUGCUCCGGGACCAAGUCAGCCAACGCAAACAUCCAACUUGAAUGACUAACUUCAGGUUCUCAUGUAUUUUGAAGAAAGAUGAGUUUGAUGAUGGUUUUUGGUGAAAUUGGUAUGUUUUCAAGUAGGAAGCGGCUUAGUGACGAGAAUGUUGGUUUUUGGUGUUUUAGAUGUUGUCGGUUUGUUUAGUUGUGACUUAAGAUGCUGUUAAGUCAUCUCUUUUCUAAACUUAUUAAUCUCCUUUGUAAAAUUUCGGAUAAAACUUAUGCUAUGAUAAUUUUCUGUUUCAAAACUUAACAGCAUCUAUGAUAAUUUCGGAUAAAACUUAUGCUAUGACAAUCUUGCAACAAACUUCUUAUAUUAAAACAGAAGACAAAUUCCUAAUAGGUUCUCGUUCAUAAUACAAGCCGUAACACCUAGAAAAACCAACAAUCCGAGAUGAAUUUUCUAUCCGAAAAUUGAUAACAUUCAGUCCAAUCUUGCACACAACUACAUAGCAAAAUAGUAAUACACUACCAUCAUUCCAACUCCACAAACAACCAUCUUCUUCAAGUUCUUCACAUCUUUCUCAUACCCAUCAACCAACUCUUUCAUCUCUUUCAUCUCUUUCCCAAAUCCAGCUAGAGCAUCACCCAAAUCUUCAAUUUUUUUGUCAUAGCUUCUUGUUACAUCUUCACAUCUCUGAGACUGAAGCUCCAAAUGGCUCUUCAUAUUUUCAAUUUCUUCUACAGCAGAUUCAUCAGUCCAUUUAAACAAAUGAUUCUUAUCCUACACAAGAAAAUCGUUCACUAUAGUUAAACCAAACAAAGUCAAUUCGCUUUAUCUUAGAAAAGACACAAGAAACUCAAACAAAGUCUAAUUUUGUACCUCUUCACUCCCAUUAGGACAACCAUGGAAAAGUCUUCCUGGGUUUUUGAUGGUCUUAGAAGUGAAAAUCUUAGCAGCUUCUCCACACUUCUUACAAAAACUCGGAAACCCUCUUUCUUUUUCAACCCUACGGCGACUCAGAUUCGCACUCAUUGCUGCUUAGAUAUAACUCAAUUAAACAUCCACACAAAACUUGAUUCAAGACAAAAUUGAUUGUGUUUACCUGUACCAUACAAAGAAUUAAGGUUAGAUGAGCUAGACAUUAGCGAUUCUCUUCUCUCAAUCUCGUCUUUCUCAAUCUCGUCUUUCUCAAAGUUUGAUGCUUUCCUUCUGUCGCGACUUCAACGAAGAAAAGGGUUUUAGUUUCUGAAAACACAAAACGGCGUCGUUUUCAAUACCCAAAACGCCGUCGUUUUCUUUUAACAUUCGAGUCUUAAUCCACGUAAUCACCCUCUUGAUCCACGUAAUAACCCGUUAUGUCCACAUAAGACACCGUUAUAAUUUGACUAACGGCAACACGGUCAAAGUAUGAAUUGGCCUAAAAGUGUAAGUUGAUGUAUGAAAUUUAAAUUUAAAUUUUGUUAAUGUAUGUUUUAGCACAGGUGUUGAGUGCAUGUACUGAUCGGGACCGGGACCCCCUGUUGAUGUUUGAAUUGGCCGUUUUCCCUAUUUUUAGCAGAUUUAUGAUAAAUGAAUGUAUAUUUCUUCUAUCUAUUUAUACAUAUGGGUUUUCAUUUCGUUGUGUGAAUAUGAGGAUAGGGCCAUGUGGUUCUAUUGUUGUUGUUUUUUAUAUUAUGAUGUCUCGUUUCUUUUUGAACUCAAUAAUUUUUUUUGCCAAAUAUUUCAUCCUUAAUCAAUCUAGUUAAUCAAAAAAUUAAUUAAUAUUUUAAAAACAAAAUAUGAAUUUAUAUUUCAUAAAAUAAAACGUAAUAAGUUAAUAAAUAAUUUUACUUUGUUUUUAACAUAAUACAAAUAUAGUCAUUUAUUAUUAUCUCACAUGCAAAAAUAUAAUUACUUAUCAUAAUAAUAAGAGAUAUUCCAAUUGUUUCAUAUUAAGUGUCACUUUAACAUUUUUUUUCUUGUUACAAAAAAUGUCAUUUUAGAAUUACAAUGCAAUUUUCAGCUAAAAAUUAAUUACAAAUACAUUGAUUUUAUAAAUAAUUUCAUUUAUCUCAAAUACUAUUGGUUGAAUAUAUGUAACUAAUAAGAACUUUAACGUAUUUUAAUCAUUUUCUCAAUAUGUGUGAAAAAUGUCAAAGUGACAUUUUUUAUGAAACGAAGGGAGUAUAAAAUUUAUAUAUCAUAUUUAAAAAAAAAUAGAAAUAAAAUAUUUUGCAUAAGUUUUCAAUUUAAUUAUAAAGUAAUUAUAAUAAAUGGUUCCAAAAAUCACCUAAAUUUAAUAGGGAGAUUUAGUGGAUUACCCAUAAAUAAGACCUAUAUUAAAGACUUGUCCUCCGAUUGACAGCUGAGAUACAAGUCACACAAUAGAGUCCGAUAAUGGACGAAAAUGCUCUUCACCAUUUGACACACUCAUCACAAAGUACACCGACACAAGAUUUUUUUUUUUUUUUACACUCUAUUUCUUAUUUUCACACUUCUUUUUUACAAUCUCCUUCAAAUUUCUUUCUCUUUCUUUUUACAAUCACUUUUCUCUUACUCCUCUUCUCUUUCUUUCCAUACUCUCUUUCUUCUACAUACACGAAUUCUCCACAUAAACUCAUUAUUCUUAUUUUUUUCGUAUUCAUUUAGCUCCACAAAAUCACAAACCAUGUAUCAACUUAUUUGUCACAUAACAAACUAAGCAUCAUAUCAUGUACAAACUAACAACCCAUUAAUCAAACAAUUUUUCAGCUAACCAAGAGGCGUUUGGGUGGGUAAUUCACCUAUAUCCAAUUAAGUGUUAUAUGUGUUAAACAAAUCAAUACAUAAUAACAGUCUUUAUAAUUUAGUAUUAGCUAUCAAUCUAAAAUAUUAGUUAUCAUGUAACAUAUAAUAAUGCUAAAAUUUAUGUUAACGAAUAAAAACACAUGUAUCAGACAAUAAUCAUUAUUAUAAGUUGUUAACAAUUGAUGUAUCAUUUAAAAAAUAUAGUAGUUGUUAACAUAGAUAUUAGCUAUAAUUUCUAGUGUAACAAAUAUAAUAAACAUCAGUGUACUUUACAGCAUCAUCAGCUUUUGGGCAUCAGUUUUUCCUUUAUCAAAGGGUUGUGUAGAGGCUCUAGAAAAGAUGUUAAAUGCUUUCCUCUGGUCUGGGGUGCCAGACUCGGCUCGUGGAGCAAAAGUGGCAUGGGAAUCAGUUUGCACCUCUAAAGAGAGUGGAGGUUUGGGUCUACGUCGGAUUUCAGGACUAAAUAUUGCUUUUGGAAUCAACCACCUGUGGAACAUUUUUGCUGGCUCGGGCUCCCUAUGGGUUGCUUGGGUAAGGCGUCAUUACGUUCCGGAAAAUCUCUUUUGGACUGCUGAUUUCACUACUGUUGGGAAUUGGAUAUGGCGAUGCACCUGCGAGACCUGGCUUGUCCCUUUAUCAUGUGUCAUGUUGUUUCUGGCAGAAACGCUUCUUUCUGGCAUGAUAAUUGGACUCAUGAUGGAUCAAUAUUCUCAACAAGGGGACCGAUUGGCUCUAUGGUCUCGGGCAUUCCCAUCGAUGCAUCUCUAUCUUCCAUUUUAUCAAAUGGCGGAUGGAAUAUUUCUUCAAGGAGCAUGCACCCAAUACUUCGUUACAUUCGUUCGGUGCUUCCUACUCGAGUGCCGGAUGUUGAUUCUAUUGAUGAAGACUAUUUUCUGUGGCGAAAUUCUAUAGCUGACCAGCCUUCGGAAUUCUUCGUUUCAAGGCUCUUCAAAACACUAUAUCCUGACCCUCCUUUAGCACAAUGGCACAAGGUGGUCUGGUUUAAAAAGCGGAUUCCAAGACAUGCUUUCAUAACUUGGCUUGUCUUGAGAGAAAGAAUGGUGACUCGUGACAGGUUAAUCUCUUGGGGUAUGGAUGUAUCACCAGCGUGCUUGCUGUGUGGCAGUGAUGAUGAGACAACACCUCACAUUUUCUUUGAAUGCGACUACUCUCGCAUUGUUUGGAAUGGAUUAUUAGCGAGAUCAAGACUCCAACCACCUUAUGCACUUCAUGCCAUUGUUGAUUGGCUCUCUUCUACCCAUCUUACAUGAAAUCUGAGAAUCAUGAUGCACCUCAUCUUUCAGGCAACUAUUUAUUAUCUUUGGAAGGAAAGAAACAAUCGGUUCCACUCAAACACUUCUAGGCCUCCAGCGCUGAUCAUUAAGGACAUAUCCCUACAGCUACGCUCGAAGCUUUUUUCAUUGGACAGAGAAACUUCAAAUUUGCAGAGACCUCUUACUUAACAAAAUCAGCAGCAGCAAACCUUCCUUUCCAUCUGGUUUGACAGAGUCGAAAUCUAAGGAACUUCUUAGGAAUUUUCUUCACAAAAUUGCUUGC